AUGGACAAUCUCCGGCAGCAAUCUUUCAAGCAGCUCCGAGCGCCAUGCGUCGAGCUCAGCUCUGUAGGUCUCCGUUUUCGAGGAAAUCAAGCUUCCGCUGCCGAUGUAUCCCGAGCUCUUGAGCCAGUACAAAACUGUUUAAAGGAACUUGCGGAAGGAAACACACUCGACGAGAAACUGGCUGAAUAUGCGUUCUUUCCACUUUCGCACAUAUUCAACGAGACCCAAAGAUUGCCCGCCCGGUGCCUAGAGUCCGCCGUUCAAUGCUUGCGAAUAUUGGUCGCUGAUGGAUGGCGACAACGGCUGUCUCCUGUCAUGGGAAAGCAACUAAUAAUCUUGCUGACGUUGAUCGUCGGAGGAUCUCCAAGCAAGGCGGAAGAGAAGCAACUACCAAAACCUAAGGUCUCGGAAGAAUUGUGCAUCGCUGGAUUCGACUGUCUCAGUGCUAUAUUCACAGUAUUGGAAGGAGCUAUUCCGAAACAGACAAUCUAUCACGAGAUCGGCACUGCGACAGUUGUCGACCAGACAGUUUAUAUCCUGCUUGAGGGAAUCGUCGAUGAUAGAUCCGAUGAACUCUGCCUAUCUGCAGCCAGAGCGCUGCAAGCACUCUAUUCUCGAGUUACAGACCGCGUGGUGCUUGCCAGUAUCAUGCCGCGCACUGUGUCGGCACUGGCCAAGGUUCUGAGGCCAACAACACAAGCUCGUAGAUCAUUCAAACUCCUCCAAGUUUCCUUAGAAAUCCUUACAGAGCUUCUAAGGUCCGUUCUUAAUGACCGUGUCGCCUCGGAGGUCGCCCCACCGGGGCUGGAAAGCGACAAGAUAGCUCUGGAUGAAGCUUGGUUGAAGGCCACUACCACACAGAUCAAGCUGGCAUUGGCCAAUGUCAUCCAGGUUCGCCGCCAUCAGAGAGCAGAGGUCCAAACUGCGGUUCUAAAUUUCUCCUUGAUGAUUAUUGAAGAGUGCCAGACCACACUUUCAGAGGCUCUCCCUAUGAUGGUAGAAACUGUUGUGGUUCUUGCAGAUAAAGAGGAUGAAGGGGCGAAUGAAGCAUACAAGAGCGUUACCCAUCUUGCUACAACGUAUUCCACAGUUCUGGAUUCCCUCAAAGAAUCAUUGCAUACAUGGCUCACCUCGUUCCCUCGGAUCAUGCAAGGCAACGAUGAAACAGCUAAGCAAUGGGGACUUCGCCAAAUCUCCACAGUCUUCCAGGUUUUGUCUCAAGUCCAAUCUGGAUCCGAUCUACUCACCAGCGGCUUGGCUUCCGGUCUAUGUGAUAGUGUUGGUGCCGUUGUCCGGCAGAGCACCAACGCCCUUCAGCCGUUGGCUUCAAUGGACACUGCCUUCAACUGGGAGGUGCUCAGCACAGAUGCCAAAUCUGAAAUAUUCCCACCAAUUAUUCUAGAACACCAAAGCCAGCAGCAAACCCUCAAAGAUCUACGGUUGAUGAUUACAAGAUUGAAUCUGUCUGAAUCCGGAAAUGAGAUCACUCGGUCAAUUGUGAACCGCAUGCACACGACAUCAAGUGAUUCUGCCAUUGCACCUUUCUGGUUAGCGAUGACUUUCUUACGGGACAGCGCCGCUGCAUCAUCCAGCUUUGAUGAUUUUAUUUCUCUUGAUCAUAUUGAGGGAUCCGUCUCGUCAGUUGACCGUGGCGGAAUGAUAGAAGAAUUAUAUUAUGUCUCAUUAAAUAUGCUAAAUGAACUUUCAGUUGAAGGAACAGACGACUGGCGUACAUCAGCACUCGCUCUGGAAUCUGUUGCUCUUCAAGCCCAGCAACUCGGCGAAGCUUUCCGUCCCGAGCUCAUGGAUGCGCUUUAUCCGACUUUACAGCUGCUGGCAUCACCGAAUCCCAAUCUCCAGCGCCAUGCAAUGACAUGUCUCAACAUUUUGACCAAUGCCUGCAACUACUCAGACACGAGUGCUAUGAUCAUUGAAAAUGUGGACUAUUUGGUGAACUCGGUCGCCUUGAAACUGAAUACCUUUGAUGUUUCACCCUAUCCAUCCCAAGUGCUGUUCAUGAUGGUCAAGCUUUGUGGCGCACGAUUGAUACCCUACUUGGAUGAUCUGGUCGACUCGGUUUUCGGCAUAUUGGAUCUAUACCACGGCUAUCCCAAACUUGUUGAGACAAUGUUCAAAACUCUAGCAGCGAUCGUCGAGGAAGGGGCUAAGAAGCCAUCCUUACUGACAAUCGAUGAGGGUAAAGACAAUGGAUCUGACGAUUCGCGCAAGUCUCAGUACCAGCAUCUCUCGAUUUCGAGCAUCGCUACGGCGAUCGCCAACCGCAAAGCUCAGCGCCACGCUGAAGAUGAGCUGGCAGACGCCAAUGGGAAAAUCCCGCAUCCAAAGAAGCCAUGGUCAGAAACAUACGACAAACCUCCACCAGAGCCCUCUGUCGAAGAGCUCCUGAACCAAGCUGAAUCAGAUGAGCCACUCCCACCCCCCAAAGAACCAGAAGAUGCCGAGAAACCACUCAGCAAAACCCACUCCCUCCUGCUCCACAUUGUCAAAUCCAUCCCGUCACACUUAACCUCGCCAUCCCCUUACCUUCGCCGUUCCCUCCUCUCAAUCCUCAUCGAAGUCCUCCCUGCCCUCUCCCAAAACGAAACGAGUUUCCUUCCUUUAAUCAACGACCUCUGGCCCACAGUAGCCAGCCGAAUCAUAUUCCCCUCAUCACCAGCAAACGAAACCUCUAAAUCCCUUAUCGCCACUCCAUCCGCAGAACCAACCCGCAACCCGGAAACUCCAGAUUAUCAAGAAGAAACCUUCGUGACCGUGACAGCCUGCGAAGCAAUAGAAGCAAUGUGCAAAGGCGCAGGCGAUUUCAUGGCCACGCGGGUGGAAACCGAAUUCUCCCGCUGGGACCGGCUGUACCGCCGCGUGUGGGAGAAAGUACGUGCUGACGGCGAGGCUGCAAAUGAGCGCCGUGCCAGAUCUCAGGCCCCUAGUGCCACACCUAGCACCGCAGAAUCACGAGAUCUGGCAUCCACCUUACACCUCGCCCUCUCCUCGUCUCUUUCGCUCUCACCCUCCGCCCCCGGCUCGAGGUUCUUUACUCCGCACCACCGUCUGUGGCGUGCGUUGAUUUCCCUCUUUAUCACGGUUCUCUCGCAUGUACGACUGCCAUUAGAAGUAGGAGAUAGGAUUUGCGAGAUGCUCGGUGGUUGGAUUGCGUUGUUUGUUGGGCCGGAGUAUUACUUCCUUUCUUCGAGGAAUUCUACAUUUGCGGAUGAUACUGCUCACGGUGAAGUUAUGGUGUCUGUUGAGGAUGCGAUUCGGGCAAUGGAAGCUUGGAAUCUGGAUUUGGCGUGGUUUGUUUUCAUGCGCCAUCGCGUGAAAGCGGGUUUGAUUACCACUGGCGAUGUUGGACAUUGCGGUGGUUUUGCUACUUCCUCUUUUAAUGGUGAGGGGGAGCAGGUCAAGCUUGCAGAGAUGGUGUUCUAG